AUGGAGAUAAUGAAUGUAAUAGUGGAGCAGGUGCCUAUAUGGAUUCGACUAGUGGGCCUAGAUCUAAAGUACUGGGGGCAAGCAUCUCUAAUAAAAAUAGCUGGGCUGGUGGGGAAACCCGUGAAGGCUGAUACAGCAACAACGAGAAAGGAGAAACUCAUGUAUGCAAGGGUAAUGGUGGAAGUUCCUUUGAACAAAACAUAUCCAGAUUCAGUGAUGUUUGAAAAUGAAUUGGGACAAAUAAUCGAACAGGAAAUAGAGUAUGAAUGGAAGCCUACAAUGUGUCAACAAUGCAAAUUGUUUGGGCACACAGACCAACAAUGUAGAAGAGUACAACAAAAACCACAAGCAGAACAAGUAAGAAAAGAGUGGAAGGUAGUGGAGAGGAAUGAGCAAAAAGAAAAGCCAGCCAUAGCAGGGGAAAGCAUGGAACAAAAGCCAAAGAAUGUACAAGGGAAAGCUUUACAGAAGCAGAUUAUCAUGCCAGUGAGUAACUCUUUCUCAACACUGGAGGAUAAUGGGGAAGAGCAAAUUGCAGAGGAGAGUGCUAGAGAGAAAACAAUGACAGACAGGAGAAAUAAAGCUAAAGGAAUUACACAAGGAGAAGGUACUCAACAAGGAAAAGGCAGCUCAACAGUAAGCUACCAGAGGGGAAUACAAAGGAAAAUAGAGAUGGGUCCAGGAAUAGGGAGGGGAGCACAAAUGAUGCAUUGUGAGGUAGAACAUAGAAGGACUCAGCACAAGUUUCAGAUAACAUUUGUGUAUGGGUUUAAUGACCAUGCUUUAAGAAGACAAUUAUGGCAAGAGUUGGAGAAAAUUCAUGGUGUCACUAAAAAAUCAUGGGUAGUUAUAGGAGAUUUCAACUAUGUAUUGAAUAGAGAUGAAAGGGUGGGGAGUCCAAUCACAGUUUCAGAAAUAAAAGAAUUCAAAGAGUGUGUAGGGAGAUGUUCACUACAAGAGCUUAAAUCAUCUGGAUAUUUUUUGACAUGGAACAAUAAACAUGGAGACAAUAGUAGAGUCUACAGCAGGAUUGAUAGAGUGCUAGUUAAUGGAGAUUGGGUGAUGAAAUUGCUAGGAUCAGAAGUUCACUUUGGAAAUGAAGGACUCAUGGACCAUUGUCCAGCUCUGAUUAACUGGGAUCAAGGACCUCAAAGUGGACAGUACAGAUUCAGAUAUUUCAACAUAUGGAGUCAAGCCACUGACUUCAAACAACAAGUGGAAUAUAGCUGGAAUAAGGGGAUUACAGGUACUAAGCAGUAUAAGAUUGGUGGGGAAGCUGAAUAG